UCUCCACUACUGCGCUGCAAAGAUUACUUUCACUCCUCGCUGGGACCCGGCCGGUCGGGCUCGCUAUGGGGCUGACCACGCGGUCUGCGUGCUUCGCGCUGUGUGGAGUGUGGCUCUUGAUCUCCUCUGCUGACUCCAUCCUGGCCCCAAACCUGACCCUGUCUGAAAUGGCCGAGAUGUUUCAGCAGUUUAUGAAACGGUUCGACAAAAAGUACCAGGACCAAAAAGAGAUGGACUAUCGCUUCAAGGUCUUUGUGCAGAGCUUGGAAAGGAGCCGUGAGCUGCAGGCCUCGGAAACGGGCACAGCGCAGUACGGGGUCACGCGCUUCAGCGACCUGACAGAAAGUGAAUUUGCAGAGAAGUUUUGCAUGGCUCCCCGCUCCUUGCCUCGCUUGCCCCCCACCUUGGGGUGGUUGGAGAAGCCCCCCCGGAUGAAUGUCAACCAAUCCUGCGACUGGAGGAAAGCUGGGGCAGUCACAGAGGUGAAACACCAGGGUGAAAGCUGCAGGGCUUGUUGGGCCUUUGCCGCCGUGUCCAACAUUGAAGCUUUGUGGAACAUCCACCGACACUCGCCACGGAAUCUUUCGGUACAGGAGAUGGUCGAUUGUACGAACGACAUGGGAGGCUGCAAGGGAGGCUAUCCGUGGGAAGGUUUCCAGUUGGUUUUCAACCAGAAUGGACUGGUAAACAGUGUUAUGUACCCUUACGAGGGCAAAGUUCAUAGGUGCCGGAAACACCGGGGACGAAAGCUCACCCAGAUCGAUGGCUAUGAAGUACUGCCCCGGGAUGAGGAAUAUAUAGCUGGAAUCGUGGCUUCAAAAGGUCCCGUAACUGCUCUCAUUGAUUCCAGAGUCCUUAGGGACUACCAAAGCGGCACUAUCCGGAGACCUCCUCUGAACUGCGAGCGGCUCCUGGAUCAUGUUGUGCUCAUUGUGGGCUUCGAUGAAGGCGAGUGCCCAUUUUCCAAGGGAAGCGGCUCAUUUCAGGGCGAGCUGCUUCGUCUGCCCGAGACGACUGGGCCCCAAGUGCAUGGCCGUGGGUUUUAA